AUGUUAGUCGAAAAACAGAAGCAACUUGGAAACGAAACGGUCCUUAAAUUAAAACAAGAUGUACGUACUCGCUGGAACAGCACAUUUCUCAUGUUAGAACGGCUAAUUAAACUUAAAGAACCACUCACCAUAGUGAUGAUGACUUUAAAAGGAGCUCCAACUAAUCUCAGCUCCGAAGAAUGGAAUAUAAUUGAGGAUAUGAUACCAUUACUAAGACCAUUUGAUAAGUUAACUGUUGAGCUCUCUGCAGAACAUUAUCCGAUGAUUUCAAUGGUUAUACCAUUAAUACGAGGUCUGCAAAGUUCAUUAGCAUCAAAAAAUCCAAAUACGCAACUUGGAAUAUUCAUUAAGAAUAGAUUGAUGGAAAAUACUACCAAGCGUUUCGAUAGCCUAGAAGAACAAACUUAA